GAAACAGUCAGUCAGAUGCGCCAAGUCAGAGGGCUGACAGGUCGCGGAGUGCGAGUGUGGGAGCGAAAACGAUGAGAAAACUGUAGUAGAGUUCUGGAAUAUGGUAUAUGUGCGACAGGCGAACUAGAAAGAAAAUAAGAAGAACAGGUUCGAAGUGCAGUAAAAUUGUGUUGAAAUCGAACUGGGUCGGGAAGGCAUAAUAAAGAAGAGCCCGUAGCGAAUUUUAAAGAACCUCGCCUGCAUACAUAAUAACUAAGGGAAAAACGGAGCGCGUAUAUGUGUAUGCAUAGAUCGUCGCGUCGUCGUCGUGCAUCGUGUGUAACAUACAUACGAACGUACACCGUACGUACGUCGGGUUAAAGAAAAUCAGCCCACCAAUCAAUCCUCGUCGAAAUGAUUAUCUAGCAUUAGCGUAAACUCGUCGUUCUCCUGUGAGGGUUGCAGUGGAGUUUGGUGACAAAGAGGAAUCGUUCGGUUUUACGCUACGUGCGGACUGACGGUUUUUUCAAUAACCUAGGCCAGCUAGUUGGCUAGCCACUUCGAUAAUUACGUGGAUCUCGUUGUCGGUCGUCCUACCUUAGUUAAUUAAACGACGAGAGGGUGAUCAAUUGUCCACCAAAGUGUGAUUCAGUGUGCUCGGAUUAUAACAAUUCACAAAUUUACAACGUCAAUGACAGUUCGGAACAACGUGAAGAAUAAAAAUAAGUGAAAUAACCUAAAGUUCAGUGUGCUGCUGCGGGUUUUCGGAAAAUCUGGCGAACCUGAUUAUUGAAAUAUUGCUAAAAGUAGUGGAGGUGAAAAAUACCUAAAGAAUAUAUUUCUUUUUAUCCGUCUAAUCGUGUAGACAGUGUUAAUGUUACGCCGAACAGACUGGAGGAGAAAUAUAAUCCCCCCGAUCGUGUUUACCGUCAUCGUCGCUGUCACAUAAGCAGACCCAGCACUCGAUCGGCAAGCCGAUCUACCGAUACGAUAAAAGUUUUGGAUAUUUAUUUAUUUAUAUUUUAAUUUCUAUUUAUUUUAGUACAUUUUUUUCCCCUUCGUGUUUUGGUUGUCGUCGUUGUUGUUGUUGUUGUUGUCACUAUUAAACAAGAAACAUGUCGUCACCAAGCGCUGGAAAACGACGUAUGGACACCGAUGUCAUCAAAUUAAUCGAAAGUAAACACGAAGUGACGAUAUUGGGCGGUCUCAACGAAUUUUCGGUGAAAUUCUACGGUCCGAGAGGAACGCCGUACGAAGGCGGAAUAUGGAAGGUCAGAGUUCAUCUGCCGGAACAUUAUCCAUUCAAAUCCCCGUCAAUCGGGUUCAUGAACAAAGUGUAUCAUCCCAACAUCGAUGAAGUCUCGGGCACCGUUUGUCUCGACGUUAUUAACCAGGCAUGGACUGCCUUGUACGAUUUGUCAAAUAUUUUCGAAUCGUUUUUACCUCAACUUUUAACGUACCCCAAUCCAAUUGAUCCAUUGAAUGGAGACGCAGCCGCGAUGUACCUUCAUAAACCUGAAGAAUACAAGAAAAAAGUAGCCGAUUACGUUAGGAAAUACGCAACAGAGGAAGCAUUACGAGAUCAAGAAAAUGGGGGUACAGGAAAUGGUGUUUCGUCUGACAGCGAAUCGUCGAUGAGUGACUUUAGCGAAGAUGAAGCGCAGGACAUGGAGUUGUAACCAAAUAUCUUAUCAUCCGUACCCAUAUCCUUACUCUUAAAGUCCAGGAAAAACAACAUCAAUGAUAUUUUGUUUAGAAAACAUGAAGUGCUUAAUUUUUUGAUCUUAUAUUUAUCUACACACAUUCGUUAUUCGUCAUCUAAUUAAUCUUCCACAAUGUGGAAUUCAUCAACGAUUGUGACGGUGACAAUGAUGAUAAUGAUAUCGUUAAUGACAAUGGCAUGAAUGAUGGUACAUCGUAGAGGAUCACUCGUUAUUUAUUGAACUUGCGUUUGCAAAUCAUCGAUGAUGGUCAUCGUCGCGUUUAUUCACUAAUUAACGUCAACCUCAGACGAUCGCGCUUUAUAUUAUUCUACGAUAGUGUUAGAUUUAUUGUUCUUAUUGUUUUCCCCAUCUUUUUUUUUUUUUAUUUAUUUAUUUUUUUUUAUUUUUUUUUUUUUGUUAUUUUUAACGCAUUCAUUUCCCCCUUACGUUUUUUAUUCGCGCUCGAGUUUUAAGAUACCCACAAUAGAAAACGGUAAAAAGAAACACACAUUUGUAAAGAUUAUUAUUUGUCACUCACGUUCAUCACUGUUCACAUCACUGAUAAGAGUAAAUGGUAAUUAAUAUUUUUGCUGAUGAGAAAAUGAAAAAUAAACAUAUACAUAUACGAAGUAUAUAUAUGUAUGUUUAAGAAGAGACUAAUCAAAUUUUCGAAAUGAAAUUCAAUUACUUUUUAUGCAUCGUAUUUUUGAAAACCUGUGGACUAAUCCUGAUAAAAAAAAAAAUCCACAUCCGAACUCCCAAAGUCAUUUUGAAGAUCCUAUGUUAUCCAUCCUAAUCCUCAUCAAGGUUCCUGAAAAAUUUCAAUCGCAGGACGCAAUGCAGCGACGAUGCACAGCCGGGAUUUAAAACUAACUGCAAACGUCAUCUGAACGAAGAUAUCGCUACUGAAUCAGCGGUGCCGAAAGCAACUAGAUCUUCCAUUGAAGACAAUUUUACCCUGUGCUGCCUUCAAAGAACCAAUGAAAACAGCAGCAGCGAAGGAUCGUUCGUCACGCUUCAUUCUAAUAAUAUGGAUGUGGACCUGGAUAAUUUUGAUGAGAACAGUGUCGAUGUUAUCAACUGACAUUUUGUAUCUUGAAGUUACUCUGGGCAGGUUUUGUAACUAUUGUGCAGAAAGGGUGUGUCUUGUUAGAAUCCGAAAAAAGGGAUAUCGAGCCACUGAGGUGGUUUAAAAAUCCUGAAAAAAAUAAACAAAAAUUGAAUCUCAGAGAGUAACCCUGAGGGAUUGUCGGCAUCGUUUUAAAUCAUUUUUUCUUUGACCUGACAGUCAAAUGAUAUAUCUGAAAAAAGUAAAUGGUCGCCAAACCAUUUGUUGCGUCAUGUUUUUCUGAAUAAUGCAUUUGUAUUGCUCCACCCAGAUAAGACGACGAUAGUUUUCUUCUUUCAGGUUUUAGCAAAGACACUUUUUUGAUGCGGCACUGUAAUCAUCAAUCGAACUUUUAUAUCCAAUUUUUCAUUACUGCGAAAAUAUUCAUUCUGUAUCUACUUUCUUUAUAUUAUUGAUAGUAAAAUUCAGACGGUUAAUAAUUAUCAUUUAUUCUUCUGCUUCUUUUACUUUUUAAUUGUUAUAGGUUUAUGUAUGUACAUAACGACUAUUAAAGCUAGACAUGCUCGUACUACAGAAGAAUUUAGAAAAGAAGUUGAAAGAAAGCAAAGAACACUGAUUCGCGUUUGUUGUCAGCCAUUUUACGUAAAUAUAUUUAUAUUAUUAAAAAUCAAAUGGAAAAAUUAUGCAUGAAAUUAGUACACCUACUUUUCUGGAGGAUGUGUAAGUUAUGAAAUUGGCUCAAAUACCUUGUGAAAUAUUAUAUACCUGUACAGCUUAUUAUCAAUGAGCUUAAUUUUAUACAAAAAAACAAGCAUUUUCCUUCAUCGAUGAAAAAAAAAUGCUUUGAACCGUCAAUUCUUAACUGUGGAAAAAAAUUCUUAUUGUUGAAUAUUCUUAUAAAUUCGAUGGACAAUUAUAUAAUUAUUCAAGUUCGAAAGAUUAACUUUUUCUUACUUUCUUGUUUAACUUUUAUGUACUAAAAGUGCAGUUUCUCCAAGUCUCAGGUGAUAUGCUUCCUUAAUCUUCACCUGAAUGUUCAUCUACAAGCUGUUACAGAACAAGAAUAGACAUCACUUGAAAAAUACGAACCGCACUGUUUGCCUAACUUUUUUGUCCAACUUUAACUUCAUUUUUCCCAAUCAUAUCUUACACUCGAAAAAUUAGACAAAGUUAUUCUGUCUAUUUUUUUUAUCAUGUUUUUCCUCGCUGAUAAACAAAGCAAUAACAACAAUAACAGUAACGACGGUUAAUUAUUUUCUAACGUAUUCAGUUUUUCUUCCAUCUUCCUCCAUUGUUUCCUUAUCUCAACGCAACGCUCAUCAUCCAUAGUGUUUGCGUAAAAUUAUCUACAACUCUUAGUUGUCGUUUAUUCAAGGCGGAAACUUUGUCUUAUGCCAGCAAAAUGGCUUGAAGAAUGACAAAUAAAACGAGUAUAUUAUCCUCAAGUAACGGAUUUUCAGUGGAAUUAGAUUAAAAAAAAAAAUCCAAUUAGGUUUGCUGCAAAACUAGACAAGAUUUCACGUUAUUUCAAGUAAAGUUGAUCGUUUGGUUGAAAAUGGAGAAAUUUCAUUAUUUGGAAAUUACAUUGGUGGAUAUAAUUACGAAUACAUUUAGCUGUUCUCAUUGUUGUUAAUGUUAUUGUUAUCAUUAUUGUUGAUAUUAUUAAUUCUUCAAAUUUGUAAUUAAUUUCUGCGGUUAUAAAAAUAUGGCAAAGUUUGAUCAUAUUCGUAGAUCUCAAAUAGAUCUCAUUUGCAGCGUAGUUUGAUUAAUGUAUAUACACAUUUAUUAUCUAUUGGAAAAAAAAUCACAUACGAGGUAUCAGAUUAAUAAAAAAAAAAAAGAAAGAAAAAGGUACAACGGUUUUUGCUUUCCUCAUUAGCUGCGCUGUUAUAAUAACUGUCUAGGUGCAUACCUACGUAUAAUGGAAUCAAAGGAUAACAAUAAUGAGUCAUAAUCAUUUUUAACAUAGAAAUAAGGUCGAUAGUUAGGUUUUGAAAUUUAUCUCCACGUUUCUCAGCUAUUAAUUAAUUGUACAUUUAUUCAUUUUCUUGUUGCUGUAGCAUUUACCAAUAUAGCUAACCAUUGUAUGAUUCAUAUUACGAUCCGUAUUUGUUAACAACUGUUUGGAAUAGCCGUAUUUUUAAAAAUACUUGUGGAUUACAUAUAUGAUGGAAUCGGAAGAAGAGAGUUAA